UUGUAUGUUAUUUUUAAAAAUGUAUAUAUAUAUAAUAUUUAUUUUAUUCUUUUAAAUUUAUAUAUAUAUUUUGAUUUUUCAAAUCAACAAGACAUGACUUUAACGAUAUUAUACAGAGGGAAGGGAGGAAUAAAAGAGUAGAAAACAACUAAAAAUAAUUUGAAAAACUAAAGCAAAUAACACAUUCAAACUUCACCGGUCUGACAUAAUAAGAACGUCUUGGUCAUAUCAUCAAAGUCAACAUCGGUGCUCAUGAUAUUUCUAAAUACAAUACAACUAAUCUCCGAUUGUGUGUGAUUGUCAUCCGGCCGUGUGUAUUCUCAUCCUGUGGUGACUGUAUGUCCCUUUGGUCACUUCAUGAGCUCAUACAGACAUAUUAAUAACACAACUGUCUGUCUGUCUUUAGCCGGUAGCUCUGAGCAUUGAGCAUCGUGUCUUGAUGACUCAUCACUUUCCUCCCGUGCACUGUGCAUGGAUCCUUUUGAUGAAUCCUUGAAGUCCCAUUGUGUUGUGCAUGUUGGUUUAUCCACGUCACCUCUGUCAACGCGGCGCUGCCUUCAUGGAACUGACUCUACAUGCUACGCUGCUGGGAGGCUGAGCCUGUUACUAUAGCAACCUCACAGAAGGACAGCGUGGAGGAGAGGAGGGAGGGGGCGAUGCUCGUAACACUGCGCUCCGUGAUUGGCUGGAGGCGUCCUCUAACCCCGUCUACCGUGUCAUGAUUCUCAUCAUUUCUGCUGCAAAACCCGUGACUGCUGCUGCUGCUCUCCUCUCUCCUCUCUCCUCGCUGUGCCUCCGUGAGCAUCGAGUCGCUGCUGGAGGAGCAGUGGUCCAUGUGCAGAGGAGCUGCUGUCAGACACCACGGGAUGCUGUGAAAGAGAAGACGACUGUCACAGCACGACCUCGGGAGGACCAGAGGGCGGACCGGCAGGAAGAGGAGAGGACAGGAAGGAGGCGUGAGAGGAUGGAGGAGCUCUGGAGUGACUGAGGAAAACUAAAGGAGAUGAAGAAGACGCCACGGACGGAGAGAAAAGGGGAGGAUCCCACUGACACGCUGGCUGAAAGGGGGAAUAAUUAACAACGGACAAAAGGACAAUACAGGGAUGUUUUCUUUUCUUCUGUUGACGCAAGUACCGGUUCAGUGGGAAGACACGCAGACACGCCGUCCGCAUCCCGCAGCGGAGCGCGACACGCCGCCCGCUGGCUUUGAAUGAGCGUGGAACAGAAAGGUCACAUGAUGAGACUGGGCCGGUUGUCUCUAAUCGCCACCGUGUGCCAGAUGGCAACCGCUAAGCAUGCUGGGACGGCAGAAGCGGACACGGACUAGCUGAUUAACGGACGGCACCGGUCACUUGGCGAAGACCCCGUCUCAAAGCAUGCUGGGACAUUGCGUUAGCCGGGGAUGUUUCUCCUGAGACGCCGGCCCUGCCCGUCAGAGGAGCGAGGAUGAGCCGGCGAGGCCACGCCAGAGGUCAGAGGUUUGUGAAGGCAGACUUCUACGAGCUGGACUGGCACUAUGAGGAGUGUGCCGACGUGCUGUGUGCCGACCGAGUGGGCCAGAUGACGAGGACCUACAGUGACAUAGAUGCCGUCACUCGCCUGUUGGAGGAGAAAGAGCGUGACUUGGAGUUAGCGGCUCGCAUCGGGCAGUCGCUGCUGAAGAAGAACAAAGCGCUCAGCGAGAGGAACGAGCUGCUGGAGGAGCAGGUGGAGCACAUCCGAGAGGAGGUGUCUCAGGUGUGCCACGACUUGUCCAUGAAAGACGAGCUGCUGCAGUUCUACACCAGCGCUGCCGAGGAGAGCGAGGGGGAGUCGACCACCUCCACCCCUGUGCGUCCCAGUGAAAACAAUGUGUCAACUCCAAUUUCUUUCCCCCUGGACUCCUUGCAGAAGAAACUCAAAGAUCUGGAAGAUGAAAACAAAUCAUUGCGAUCGGAGGCCAGUCAUUUGGAGACAGAAACGAUCUCCUAUGAGGAGAAAGAGCUGCAGCUCGUCAACGACUGCGUCAAAGAGCUCCGCGACGCCAACCUGCAGAGGUCCUCCAUGGCCGAGGAGCUGGGCAGGAAGACGGAGGACGCCUCCCGGCAGCAGGAGGAGAUCACACACCUCCUCUCGCAGAUCGUGGACCUCCAGAAGAAGGCCAAGAUGUACGCCGUGGAGAACGAGGAGCUGACUCAGCACUUGGGCGCAGCCAAAGACGCCCAGAGGCAACUCACCGCUGAGUUGCAAGAGUUGCAAGAUAAGUACGCCGAGUGCAUGGAGAUGCUCCACGAGGCCCAGGAGGAGCUGAAGAACCUGAGGAACAAGACGCUGCCGCUCAGCACGCCGCGCCGCUUCCACUCUCUGGGUCUGUUCCCCAUGGACUCUCUGGCAGCUGAAAUAGAGGGCACCAUGAGGAAGGAACUCCAGAUGGACGAUCCAGACGUAGAAGAGCAGAGACUGCAGCCGAAGCGAGUGUUCCAGACGGUGAAGAACCUGAACCUGAUGCGCCAGCAGCGGUCGUCGCUAGGCCCCUCCCCCCUCAACAUCCCGGGCUCCAACCGGACGUCGUGCCUCACCUCGGAGCGCUCCAGCAGCGUGGGAACGCCGCGCUCCAACUCCAUCUACGGUAGCGACCCGGGCAGCGGGGUCAUCCUGGAGGGUCCGGACGACGGGUCAGAGGACUCCAACAGGCGGCCCCCUGGUACUCCGGGGACCCCCGGCAGCAGGGACCUGGAGGCGGCCCUGCGCCGCCUGUCCCUGCGCCGCGACAACUACCUCUCGGAGAAACGCUUCUUCGAAGACGAGCGCGAGAGGAAGCUGGCGUAUCUGGCCAAGGAGGAAGAGAAGGGCAGCAGCGGGGGCCCCGGGACGCCCACGGAGAGCCUGCUGUCGCUGUGCUCGCAUCCCUCCUUUGGGAGCGUCUGGUCGGGAUACUCCAUGUACAGGUCCUACCUGCCGGACAAGUUGCAGAUCGUGAAGCCGCUAGAAGGCUCGGCGACCCUCCACGCCUGGCAGCAGCUGGCUCUGCCCCACAUGGGGGCGGUGCUGGACGACCGGCCCGGCGUGGUCAGCAAGGGCUUCCGCACGUUAUCACACGACCGGGAGCCAGAGGACCGGUGGCAGCUGGACCAACCGGAGGAGGACGAGGCGUCGUGCGACUCGUUCGGCGGCUUGUCGGCAGAGAGCUCCGCCCUCGUGGAUCUUCCUCGCUCCUCCUCUUCGCCGCCCGACUGCAAAGACGACGAUGACGGCCGAGCGGCUGCGACGCGGGGCGCCGCGCGCGGGGCCAGAGACGCCAUCCGAGUAAAAGACGGACUCGUUGCAAACGUGCCGCUUCCCUUCUCUUGCCUCUCCCCUCCUUCUUCUUCUUCUUCUUCACCUCCUCUCCCCUCUGCUUCCGAGAUGAACGGGCACGCGGACCUCAAGGAGCUCCAGGACCGUAUGCCUGUUAAUUUCCCAGGCAGGUGUAUGUCCAGCACCAGCUCCACAUACACCUUCACCACCUGCAGGAUCCUCCACCCGUCUGACCAGCUCACCUCCGUGUCCCCGAGCUCCGCUCUCUCCUCCGGUCAGAGCAGCACCUCCCUCGGCCCCCCGACCCCCUCCUCCUUCUCUCCUCUCCCGUCCUCCGGCCCCCCGACGCCGCGCCGCCUCUCCCUCUCCCUCGCCGAGUCCUCCACCCACCUGAGGGACUCCACCAGGACCACCAGCACCUCCCUGGGCCUGGUGCGCCUCCUGCUGGAGAACGGCAUCUCCGCCUCCGUGUACGACCCUCGCAGCUGGGACCGCCGAGGCUCGGACGCCGCCGGCGGCGCUUCCACGCCUGCGGGGGGCGGGGCGCGGGCGGCGAGGGGCGUCGGCGUCCCGGAGGAGGAGGCGCCCGGACGACCGGCGAAGCGCCCGGACUCCCUCCUCCUGCCGCCCUCCCCCCCCCCCGACUCCCCUCGCUCCAAGUCGGCCUCCUCCGCCGCCGAGCGCUCCGUGUUCCAGUUCAGCCCCGCCGCCGCCGACCCGCCGUUCCACGACGCCUUCCUCGCCUCCAAGCCGGCUCGGACCAUCCUGAGGGAGGUGCUGGGGGAGGCGGAGCCUACGGAGGCCGGCGGCCAGGCGGAGCGGCUGGACCUGCGCCUCGUGGACAAGCUGAAGCGCUUCCGCACGCUCUCGGCCCGCCGCGGCCCCGGUUCCCCCGGCGGGUCCCUCGCGGCGCCCUUCGGCGGCGUGCUCCCGGGUUUGAACGCCGGGCUGCGGAGGAACUGGAGCUAUCCGGCCUUGGUGGGGGCCAGCAUGGCCAUGAAGGACCCGGGAGGCCCCCCCAGCUCGGAGAUGGUCGCCGCACGCCCGACGCCGCACACGCAACACGCGGCGCUCGCACGGGGACGACACGCCGCGCACACGCAGCGCACGCCGGCCGCCAGCACCAAUCAGACGCUCCGCGGGCCGGAAGCAGCCAGAACACAGCCGGUCAGACAGACACACGGCCGGCCGCAUGGCGCCCUGCGGCACGGGGGCGAGGACACGGGGACAUGACGGGAGCUUUUCAUUGGCUCGUCGUUGGACACACACACACACACACACACACAGCGUCAUGUGUUCCCAAGCCAAAUACUCUAAUGACGAUAUAGACGACCUCCAGCUAGAGGCAUGCACAGCAGGGCAGACUCCUCCUCUAAAGUCAUGUGACCAGGGCAGACUCCUCCUCUAAAGUCAUGUGACCAGUGCAGACUCCUCUAAAGUCAUGUGACCAGUGCAGACUCCUCCUCUAAAGUCAUGUGACCAGGGCAGACUCCUCCUCUAAAGUCAUGUGACCAGUGCAGACUCCUCCUCUAAAGUCAUGUGACCAGUGCAGACUCCUCCUCUAAAGUCAUGUGACCAGGGCAGACUCCUCCUCUAAAGUCAUGUGACCAGUGCAGACUCCUCUAAAGUCAUGUGACCAGUGCAGACUCCUCUAAAGUCAUGUGACCAGUGCAGACUCCUCUAAAGUCAUGUGACCAGUGCAGACUCCUCUAAAGUCAUGUGACCAGUGCAGACUCCUCUAAAGUCAUGUGACCAGUGCAGACUCCUCUAAAGUCAUGUGACCAGUGCAGACUCCUAAAGUCAUGUGACCAGUGCAGAC